UCCAUGGUAACAGACUCAGUGCAGCAACAGCGCUCGCACCGCAUCCGACAGAAAUGCCUCGAACCUGGGUCGCACCUGCACCGGCUCUCGCUUCUUACAAACGUGUUAGACGCGCCGUCGGCCUUUUAAACGCGACGCACCUGCCGGGCAUCCAAAACAUUUGAUGUAUGCCUUCUACAAAUCUUCUGUCAGUUCACAAGAAGCAAGGAAAGCAGCGAAAUGUGCGGUUGAACUGCUGCUCGUCUCAGCGCUUUCGCUUACUGUUUCUAAUACGAGCAGAUGAGUUUAAUCCGGAUGAAAUAAUGACUCUUGUGGAUUAACGCCUUCAUUGUCACUCUAGUUUUUGCUUUAUCGGGAUCACCUGCCUUUACCAUUUGCCAUUACAGUCUGUAUAUAACAGCCACAGUAAUAUAAUAUCGUGAAGAUGGCGACUGGAGCGGGCUGGCAGCAUUACUACAACCCCGCUGGCAGCACUUCGACGGGGAAAUAUAACAGCACCUCCACUUCUACAUCCACCAGCACGUCUGGGUUAACCCUCGAAUACACGCAGGACCUCCAUCUGAAGAUGAGCAAGAAGAUUGCACAGCUGACCAAGGUGAUCUACGCCCUCAACACCAAGAAUGACGAGCAUGAGGCGGCCAUCCAGACCCUGAAGGAGGCCCACGAGGAGGAGGUGCAGCAGAUCCUCUCGGAAACGCGGGAGAAGAUCAUGCAGUACAAGAGCAAGAUCAGCGACGAGAUGGACUUGAAGCGGCGUAUUCAGUCUCUGGAGGAGAACAUGGAGCUGCACGAGCGGAUGAAGCGGCAGGCCCUGACGGAGUUCGAGACGUACCGCCAGCGGGUGGAGGACAUGCAGCUGUGCACGGAGGCGCAGCACACACAGCGCGUGGUCACCAUGUCCCGCGAGGUGGAGGAAAUGCGCCGCUCUUUCGAGGAGAAGCUCCGCUCCUUUGGACAGUUGCAGUCCCAGUUUGAGCAGGAGAAACAGCAGGCUGUUGAGGAGCUACAUGCCGCACAUCGGCAGGAGGUCCAAGAACUGCUUCGCUCACACCAAAGCCAGAAUGCCAACUACAGCAAAGACCAAGAUAAACUGGGACAGCUUCACAAAGCGGAGGUGGAUUCACUGACCGAAAGAGUUGAGGAACUGAAACAGGACAAGAAGCGUCUGGUGGAGGAGUACGAGGCCAAGCUGAAUAAAGCCCAGGCUUUCUAUGAACGGGAACUGGAGGCCAUGAAGCGCACGCAGCAGAUGACCGCAGAGAACCUGCUGGCCUGGAAGAAGACCGAAGCCGAGCUGAGGAAGGAGUUCCAGGCGCAGGAAGCGGCGCUGCAGAAGACUCUGGGGAAGCUGCGCAGUGAACUGCAGCGGGUGCAGGAGGAGGCCAGGGAGAGCAGGGAGAAAUCCCACAAACUGCAGGCCUCCCUCAUUGCUGCAGAGAGCAACAUCAAGACUAAGGACACGGAGAUCGUGGAAAUCAGGCAGAGGGAGGCCGAGUGUGAGCUGGAGGCGUCCAGAGACCGAGUGCAGCAGCAGGCCACAGAGAUCCUGCUCAAAGCCAGUCAGAUUGGAAGCCUGCAGGCCACCCAGAUGACUCACGAGGCGGUCAUUCGGGAUCUGGAAUCGGAAAAGUCUCGUCUGAAGGACAAGGUGUUGCGUCUGGAGGAGGAUCGAGGGGCACUGCAGAAGAAAUGUCAGACGCUGGACGAGAGGCAGAGACAGCAGAUCCUCUCUCUAGAGAAGUCACUUCGAGAGGAAAAGCAGAUCUAUGAGAAGGAGCUCAUGAACUUGUGUGCCAAAUAUGAAGAGGACACUGCUCACUUUAAGGAUUCCCACAGCCGGGCGCUGGACGAGCUCUCCAGGAAGCACCGGGCCGUUCUAGAAAACACCCAGAGCGUCUCCGAGAAAGAGAGGAACCGACUCCUGUCCGAAAUGGAGGAACAGUUCAAGAAGGAACGUAGCUCUCUAGAGGAACAGAAGAGCCUUUUACGAGAGGAACUGGACAGUCUGCGAGAGGAGCUCGCAGCCAAACUAAACAUGGCCAACAGUGAGGUGAAUCGACUCCAGGAGCUGAUGAAGCAGGGAGAGCAGGGACUAAGUUCUGCUGAGGGACACAUCUCCAAUCUGAAGGAUGCCCAGAAGAAGCUUCUAGAAGAGCUGGACGCCACGCGAGCAAGACUCAGAGAGACUAGCAACCUCUUAACAGCCCUUCAGGGAGAGAUGGAGUCUCAGAAACAACAACAUGAUGCCAAACUCAUCGCUACCAAAGAGGAAGAGAAGCUCAAAAUGGAUAAGAUGGCCCUGGAGCUCGAGCUGAAGUGGACCGAGGCGCUCAGGUAA